CCCAACACUUUGAACCAACCAUAAAACACCGAUAAAAUGUUUGGAACGUUGUCGGAGGAAGUUGAAGUGAAGGUGUCGGCCGACAAAGCGUGGCAGGUUUACGGCACUCUCAAGCUCGGAGAUUUGGCCGCCAAAUACAUCGUUGAUGGACUUGAGGUCAUUGAAGGCGAUGGCGGCGUUGGAACUAUCGUUAAGAUCACUUUCAAACCAGGGUCUGGAAUUUCAUAUUACAAGGAAAAAUUCACAACGGUCGACAAUGAGAGGAGGGUGAAAGAAGCAGAGAUCAUAGAAGGAGGAUAUCUGGAUUUCGGGUUUACGCUUUAUAGAGUGAGGUUCGAGGUUAAGGACAAUCCAAACGACGAGCCGGGUUCCUCGUGUCUCAUGAAAACAACGAUUGAGUACGACGUUAAGGAAGAGGAUGCUGCCAAUGCAUCACUUGCCACCAUCGACCCAUUUGUUGCCCUUAUGAAGGUUGCAAACGAACAUCUCUUAUGUUCUACUUAAGUCGAACGAUAUUAUUGUUGUAAUAAAUCUCGUGGCUAUUUGAUUUUGGCAAUUGAGCUUAAUCGCUCAGCCACACAUUUGUGUUUGUUUACCAGUUAAUAAAUAAGACGACUUUAAAAUGGACUUAAUGAGUCA